UUUGAUCUGUUGUCACCUUUGUUCAUUGAACAGUGUAAUCAAUAUAUCACCAGCAUUCCAUGUAACAUUGAAUAAAUACAUUAGAUCAGAUACUUUGGUAUAAUUGGCCAGUUUCCCAGACACAGAUUAAGUCUAGUCCUGGACCUUAAAGAACUUUCUAUUGAAACUUCCAUUGAGCAUGCUUUUUAGUCCAGCACUAGACUCAAUCUGUGUCCAGGAAACAGGCCCCAUAUGUAUUACUGACAUGCUUGUCCUUGUUCAGGACUCCACACACUGGCUUCAGAUUGAACCCUUGACUUCCACUGUCCAGGGAGUGACAAUGUUCAGACACAGGACACCCAAAGGGAGUUAUGAGUGCACAGUGUCUGGGCUCCGCUGGCUGUGUGAGAGAGAUGUCAUUCUGAAGUAUCACUUCAGGAACUGGGAACCCUACAGUCAACUUCUGAAAGACAUGCAAUACACACAAGGUGGUCAAUUGCUGGACAUCACUAUGGAGUUAGGUGAACUGGAGGAAGUUCAUCUGCCACACUUUGUCUGUUUAGGGACCAACCCUUCCCUGAGGAAUGAGAUGAAGAUUCUUCAUGUAGAGGAACAUGGAGUGUCUUUAGAGGAAGUGCAUGAGGUCACCAGAUUCCAUGUUAAGAUUCUCCAUCCCAAGUUCUCAGCUAUUGCUGUUAUACUGAGCUAUAUCUUUUCUUGGAUCGUAGAUGUCCACUGUGAUGUGGUCCUCUACAUGGCAGUAAAAAAGUCAACAAUAAUUUCAAGGCUGUACCUGCUCCUCAGAAACUCCAGUCAGAAAGAGGUCGUUGCUGUGAAAGAGAAUCUCUUCUCGGUCAACUUAUCUGAUAAAAUAAUGGCUGUUCGGGAACGGGAGAAAGAUCAGGUGUCCCAAGGAUAUUCAGAAUUUCUCCUGCCAAGUCCAAACGGGCCCUUAAAGAUGAACACUUGGUUUGCACUCAAGAAUCCCCUCUCCACUUCCAUCUAUCCAGAGAAGAUUCAGCUGUUACCUGCAAACACCACACCAAGCUGUUGUAAGAUGAUAAUGGGAAACACAGGGGUUGACAUUGAGAUGGAGUUAAUCGGGGACGAUGAGAGGACAGUAUGGAAAUCAGUGGUAUCAAAAGAUGAAUACAGCAAAGACUCUCAUCCAACACCAUUAACACUCCCUGGGAUUCCUGCUGAGGAGUUUCUGAAGAAACACAGGGCUGUACUCAUUCAGGGAGUCAAAAACCCAAAGCCAAUAGCAGAUGUUCUGCGGUCAAAGUACAUGAUUGGUGAAGAAGAGUACUCCAGAAUAACAGCUGAAACAACUGAACAGGAGCGAAUGAGAAAACUACUGAACGCAGUCCUCCCUAAAGGACCAGAAGUGAUGGGAGCUUGUCUCAAAGCUCUCAGUGAACAUGAACACCAUCUUGUUAAGUACUUGAGUGAAUCUAGCACCUAAUCUGAAGAUGCUGAGGCCUGUCUCCUAGUCUGUGGACAAAGACACUUCUCCAAAUAAUCUGAAGAUGCUGAGGCCUGUCUCCUAGUCUGUGGAGAAAGACACUUCUCCACCUAAUCUGAAGAUGCUGAGGCCCGUCUCCUAGUCUGUGGACAAAAGACACUUCUUCACCUAAUCUGAAGAUGCUGAGGCCUGUCUCCUAGUCUGUGGACAGACACUUCUCCACCUAAUCUGAAGAUGCGAAGGCCUGUCUCCUAGUCUGUGGACAAAGACACUUAAAUUAUUUUAAAUUGUAAUGUUUGCUAUUCUUUAAACACGUGUUUUAUUCAUGUGCUUCAGGGAGAGAUCCUGAUUGACAUGUGUACUAUGGUACAUUGAGUUGGGUCUGCCCAGGGAGAGCUCCUGAUUGACAUGUGUACUAUGGUACAUUGAGUUGGGCCUGACCAGGGAGAGAUCCUGAUUGACAUGUGUACUAUGGUACAUUGAGUUGGGUCUGCCCAGGGAGAGCUCCUGAUUGGUUUGAACCUUUCCAGCUCAUUUCAGAUUGACUUCGAGUGUCUCUGCGUGGAAGAAUUUCAACAACAUGAUUUUGAAAACGCAAUUAAGGGGAUGAACUGGAAUGAUCUCUUGUCCUAUACAGAUGGGGAAGCUGAUAGUCAGGCUAGUCAAAGAUACACACCACCACGUUGACAUCUUGACCAAAGACCUUCCUUAGAUUCUUUACGGGAUUACAACUCACUCUGUCUGAAGGAAAUGAGGAAAUGGACUCACGAAAGGGGGAUAGCUGAGAGGGCAGAGAAGGCACGUGACAUCAUCGACAUUCGGGGUUCACGUCGAAGUGCUAUCCACCCUCGGGUUUUUGGUAACCGGCACGUUUCAGGCGGAUGCUCGUGGAUCCGCCAGCGGCAUCUCACAUCCCUCGAUGAGACAAUGUUGAGGAUCUAAUCAUCAGCAAACGUGUAAUAUACCAUUUCUAUCAUCGCACAACUGAUUGAAUGGGGUUAUUUUCCAUCAAUGGGUUCCCCAAAUACGAAUGGAGCAAUAGACGGCACCAAAAUCACCAAAAGAGCACCAUCCCAAAACGAGUUGAACAAGGCUAUGUAAUCAGAGAAGACUUAUAUUCUUUAUGUGAAGGUGAUAGACUAUGUGAACAGAGAAGACAUCUACUUUUAAUGCGAAGGUGAUGAUAGGUAAGUGUAACGGAUGUGAAACUGAUAGCUAGUUAGCGGUGGUGCGCGCUAAAUAGCGUUUCAAUCGGUGACGUCACUUGCUCUGAGACCUUGCUCUGCAAGGGCCGCGGCUUUUGUGGAGCGAUGGGUAACGAUGCUUCGUGGGUGACUGUUGUUGAUGUGUGCAGAGGGUCCCUGGUUCGCGCCCGGGUAUGGGCGAGGGGGGCGGUCUAAAAUUAUACUGUUACAUAAUGUUAUGUGCAAAAGACGCUGCUGAAUGUGGUGGCCAGGUAGAAAGCACUUGUUCAUUCUGCAGAACAGCAAAGUUUGCCUUUCCACCUACAGGAGGGAGCUGUUGAGGAUGGAUGGCUUAUUGGUGAGUAUUGACUACUAAUAUGAACUAUAUUUGUCAUUGAUAAAGAAACUUGAAUUGUG